UGGUUUUUCUGGCAGAUUGCGAACAAUACGAAAGAGAGUCGAGUGGCGUUAGUUUUCAACGGACGAGAUGGGUCCUGUGCCCGAGCCGAUCGUGAUUGAAGGAGAGCCGAUACGACACAUAUCUGUUGGGCAGAUUGCGCGUUUUGACUUAUCCGCCCCAGGAUGUGAUAGGGAAGACCUGGAAAUUACUGUCACCGGACCAGCCAAGCAGCCAGUUGCAUUCAGACUCAUUAGUGCUGAGGAUGUGGAAAAUGCAGACGCUUCCGGCUCCACUGUCUUCGGGAUUGCCGGCAACUUUCGCGUCGAAUUCUCAGGUCUGGAAGUUGGAACCUACCUUGUUGAUGUAGUCAUGCUCGCAACCGCUGCCGCAAAGCAUGGAGUCAGUACUCCGCCAGCGGGUGGAUAUCGGGCUGUGGGUUCACCAUUCCUCGCCAAGGUGUAUGAUGCGUCUCUGAUCCGAGUGUCAGAUCCUCCAAAUGGCGUCGUGGGAUCUCCGUGUCAAUUCCGUGUUGACGCCAGUCAAGCGGGCGAGGGGCAAUUGGAAAUCUCCAUUUGUGACGGUGAAGUUCCGAAUCAUGUUCAGGUCCUUGGAGGUGGACGAUGCCUGGUUAGCUUCAUUCCUGAGAAGGCCAUGGAACAUAAUAUCGACAUCAAGUUCAACGGAGAUACUGUACCAGGCUUUGAUGAAGCCGCGUCGUUCAUGAUCCAUGUUGAUGGGACAACCCCAGCGGAGCUUGGGGUUUCCGUUCGUGCGCCAUCCAUGUCGACACUUCCGGUGAAAGUGAGCGGAACUACCAGGACGGGCUUCCGGGCGGAAUUCGUGCCAAAAGAAGUUGGCGCUCACACUGUUUUAGUGGAAUACAAUGGUACUGCGGUAGCUGGCACUCCGUUCACUGCAAAGGUUUACGAUUCUAAGAGAGUGUACGUAAGUCCGUUGCCGCGUGGUGCGAUCGGUAAAGCCUUACAAUUCACUGUGGAUGCUGGACAAGCUGGAGAAGGGAACCUUGAAAUCACCAUCAGCGCGGGUGGCAGGAACAUUCCGACGCAGGUGCACCCCCAAGGAAAUGCGCGAUUCGCCGUGUCUUUUGUGCCCCUGGAAGCCUGUGAUCAUGUCAUCACGAUUUCCUUCAACAAAGAGGACGUUUCUGGGUCUCCAUUUAUUGCGCAUGUUGCUGCGGAUCCCAAUCGUUUGCUCGUUAGUGGACAAGGACUGGCUUCGGCGGCUGUCGGAAAACCCGCGUAUUUCACUAUUUCCAACGUGACUGCUGGUACUGUGGAGGACAUUGAGGUCAACGUUGAAGGACCAACUGGAUCCAGCGUUCCUGCCCAGUUGACGCGAACCGGAGAUGGGAGCAGCUUUCUGGUUGAAUAUGCACCCCGGGUUGCUGGGGAACACCGAGUGCACGUGUUGUACGCUAAGGAAGCCGUACCUGGGUCACCGUUUUCUUGCAAGGUCUACGACGUGACCCAGAUCAAGGUCAGGGAGUCAACCCGUGGCGUUGUUGGUCGUCCGGUGACCUUCCUCGUUGAGACGAGCCAGGCGGGACCAGGGAACUUGGAAGUGACUGUGAACCAGGGUCAAGUACCGACAUCAGCGCAAAGCCAGGGUCAUCACACGUACGCCAUCAGUUUCACACCGAAAGAGCCCAAGACUCAUGUCGUUGAAUUGAAGUUCAACGGCGAGGACGUUCCCGGGAGUCCGUUUCAGUGUGCAGUUUUGGACGCGAGUCGGGUUACUGCUUCCGGCGACGGACUGGAUAAAGUGCCCGUCGGACAGCCAGCUACUUUUUACAUACAUUCACAAGAAUCUGGUGGUGAUUUGGUGGUGGUCGUGACUGGCCCAAGUCGCGGUAUCCUUCCUCAUGUUCUAACCCCGAUUGGCGGCGAAGGUGGGGCCAAGUUCACCGUGUCCUACUCACCGGAAGAGGUUGGCGAUCAUGCCGUGGACAUCCGUUAUGCCGAGCUACCGAUUCCGGGUUCACCAUUCCUCGUGAAGGCUUACGACGCAGGAAAGAUCAAUGUUACGGACAUCGGAUCCGGCGUAGUCGGGAAACCCGUGUAUUUCAAUAUUGACGCGAGCCACGCGGGUGCCGGAAAUUUGGAAAUCAUUGUUAGUGUGAACGGCAGGAACGUGCCAAAUUAUGUGCAGAGUGAAGGAAAUGCCAAAUUCAGGGUGAACUUCAAACCCCAGGAACCCGCUGUGCAUCUUCUGAGUGUGCGGUUCAAUGGCGAAUCUGUGCCAGUGGAAGGACGGCGAAUAACGAGUUCCAGCUCGUGCCGUGAUUUAGAUCGUUUUGAAAUUAAUUCCAUUAAAAUUGUGUUUCAAAAGAAAUUUUUGACUGGCCUCAUUGGGUUGGACGGGCUUGACUUCGUUGAUGAUGCGGUCCUCGAUAACAAGGACAACGAUGUUGACGGGCGAAAGAAGAAUGAGGGCGAACGUGGUUCCCCGUUUAGCUGCCGAGUGACGGACUCCAGUCUGGUCUUGGUGACCGGCGAGGGACUCAAGAUGGCUUCAGUGGCUCGCAUGGCCCAGUUCUCCAUCGACCCCCGAGGCACGGACAUCGCGGGUUGCGCCGUCGUCAUCACGUCACCCACCAACUUGUCGCUGCCGGUGACGCUAGAACACAUGCCCACUGGCCUAUUGCGAGCCUCGUUCCAGCCGGACGAGGUUGGGCCGCAUCAGGUGUCACUCACCAUGGCUGGUGGCGAACAUCUGGGUGCGAGUCCGUAUACUUGCAACGUGUACGACGUUAAUAAGGUCCGAGUAACGGGUUUGGAGAAUUCCAAGGUGGGAAGGCCGGUCACUUUCACGGUGGACGCGUCGGAAGCGGGUGAAGGGACCCUGGAAUUGGUCGUGACGACUGCCAAGACUUCAGUGAAGGCAGAAGUUGUGGCUCGAUCCCGCGGCUUGUAUGACGUUACUUUUAUUCCUCAGGAACCGAUCCCUCACUUCGUCAAUAUUACGUUCAACGAGGAGGAAGUUGCCGGGAACCCAUUCAAAUGCCAGGUGCGUGACUUGGACGCGAAAGAGAUGAAGCACCUGAAGCGCACAGAGUCGAAAAUGGUGUCCGUAGCAGGGGACGGUUUGCGUGAGGUCGUCGUUGGUGCACCGAGUCGAUUCCAGAUUGACACCAAGGGAAUGGACGGGGAUGUGGAUGUGCGUGUAACGGGCCCUGACGAAGAAUCCAUUCCAUGCCGGGUUCUGAGGGCGCAGAACGGAUCCAGUGGGCUCUACAGGGCCGAGUAUAGGCCGGAGGUUGCCGGACUCUACAAGAUUCAGGUUUUCCACCGGAAUCAGAUCGUGUCGAAGCAGCCGUUCCUCGUGGAGGCGGCGGAUCCGGCCCGAGUGAAACUCUUGCCGCCGCAAAGUGACGAAAACGAAGACAACGAGGACGAUUCUCGCGGCAAUGAAGACGACGACCCCGUGACGCACAAGCGUCACGGCCGCCGCCGGCCCACGGGCUCAGCCGCCACUGUCGGCCGAGACGUGUCGUUCCGCGUGGACGCGUCCAAGGCGGGUCGCGGAAGCCUCACAGUGUCCAUUAAAGCCGCUGGUCAAGAGGUGAAGCAUUCCUUGCGAGACCUCGGCUGGGGCUGUUACGACGUGGUUUUCACGCCGAGCGUCGCCGUGCCGCAUCGAGUGACGGUCAAGUAUAACGGAGUCGCCGUGCCGCCGAUUGCCGGCGCCACGAGUUGCAGCAUGGAGAUUGACGUGAAGAACCCGUAUGCUGGGAAGGUUGUGACGGCGUCGGGGCUUGGCUUGCAUCAGAGCCGCGUCGGGAAGCCGACAACGUUCGUUAUUGAGACCCUUCGCUCCAGCCUCUGUUACCAACAAAAGGAUGGAAACUUGUUGGCCGAGUUCAACGCCGUCACAGCCGGAGCCCACAAGAUUGACGUGACGAAUCACAACGUGCCGAUACACGGCUCACCGUUUACUUGCCAGGUCUUCGACGCAGCCAAAGUGCGGAUCGAAGAACUCACGUCCUCCUCGUCUCCAGUGGACGCCCAAAAUAAGCCGAACAAGCCCACGACCCCCGGCGUCUUUUCCGUCAAUGAUCGGAUCGCGUUUCGAAUCGACCGUCGUCGCGCCGGCAUCGCGGAACUCAAUGUGACUGUGAGCUCCCCGGUUGGCAAACAUUUGCCCGUGGAAGUGAAGCCGUUGCCGGAUGGACGCGGGGAAUUGAUUGAGUUUGCGCCGCCGGCCGCCGGGAAAUACAAGAUCGCCGUCACGUAUGGAGACGACGAAGUCCCGGGGUCGCCGGUCACGUUUAGUGUCGAGGACGGUGCUGGGUGGGCGAGGGCCUUUGGCGAAGGGUUGGCGCGGGGAAGAGUCGGCUCUGUGUGCGGAUUUAAAAUCGAUGCUCGUGGAUUAAUCGGAGAGCCCCAUGUGGUCGUGGACGGGCCAGACAGCGUUGCCAAGUCCCGCGUGGACGCAGUCAAAGAGGAUGCGGAUCCGGAUGGUGCUACCCACGUUGCCACUUACACCCCGCAGGAAGUUGGGGUCUUUGAUGUAACGGUGCAGUGGAAUGGCAAAGAACUGCCGGGUUCUCCGUUCCAUCCGAAAAUUGUGGACCCGAAGAAGGUUCGCGUGAUUGGUGGGUGGGAAUCGUUCUCCGAGUCCCAGCCGGGUACUGACGCCCCCAAGGUCGUCAAAUUGGUGGUGAAUGAGGAGAUCAGAAUCCCGUUCGACGUUUCUGAUGCUGGACCAGGAAAGCUGAGGGCGGACAUCAAAUACAGGAAAAAGUCGUCAGGUCAAAGGGAGCAGUUGAUUCCCGUGGAAAACGUUCGCGUGGAACAGCAGUCGUCUCCGUCGCGCUAUCGCCUCUGCUUCACUCCGACGCGGGAAGGCGAACACCUGCUCUACCUGUUCUGGGCCGAUUUCCCCAUCCCCAACAGUCCGGUGUUUGCGUAUGCCGACGACCUGGGGAAAACGCCGCAGGUUGGCUCGAAAAAGGACGCCGCCGGCGCCGCCGCCUCCUCCGCCGUCGUGCUCCGUGGACAUGGUUUGGCGAACGCGCGAUGCGGAGAGCAGGCGGAAUUUGUCAUUGACGGCUCUUCCGUUGGCACCGGCACGCCCGAAGUUAGUUUGACUGGGAUCAAGACGGAUAUCCGGGUGCAGUUGCAGCAGUUGGGGCCGGAUGGCGGCGAAGAAGACGAGGCUAGGCGGAAGGGGCUGGUGUGGAGGGCGACUUACACGCCUUCUGUGUGCGGGGCGUAUUUGCUGAAUGUGACCUGGAGUGGAAGGCAGGUGAAAGGAUGUCCGCUGAAGGUCAACGUUAUGGCUAUGACUGAUGCUAACAAGGUUCUCGUGACGGGAGAAGGAAUCAAGGGCGGCGUCGUGGGACGCGACGUGCGCUCGUUGAUCGAUACCCGCCGAGCCGGACCCGGGGAACUCACUGCUCACUGCGCAGGUCCCAACAAAGUGGCCUACUGCGAACUUUACGAUCACGGCGAUGGCACGUUCCUGCUUAACGUAAAACCCCAGGAGGCUGGGAAACACAGUCUGACCAUCAAGUAUGGCGGAGAACACGUGCCCGGGUCGCCGUUUGUGCUCAAGAUUUCCGGCGCUCCGGACCCGUCCAAAGUUCGCGUCUUUGGGCCAGGAGUUGAGCCCGGGGUGCUUGCGAAUUUCCAGAGCCGAUUUGUGUGUGACACGAGAGGCGCUGGUGCCGGGCAAUUAACUGUCAGAAUUCGAGGACCGAAAGCUGCAUUCCGAGUAGAAAUGCAACGCGACGGCCAAAAGGACAGGUGCAUUUCCUGCCGUUACAGCCCGACGGAACCUGGAGACUAUCGCGUGGAAGUGAAGUGGUCAGGCGAUCACGUGCCAGGGUCACCCUUCAUGGUGAUGAUUUUCGACACGGAAGAAGAGUUGCGACGGUUUAUUCGACACGGGAGGGCAGAUGACCCGGCCAGCCCGGCUUCGGCCAUGAUGGGAAUGGGUAAAAUGAGUCGGGCCCAGUCCCCAGGGGUCAUGCUUCAGGCUGGCAUGAUGCCUCGUGGAGGUCCUGCAUUUGCUGGUACGAACCGCCGGGAUCAGAGUACUACGGGAGCGGCUACGCAACUUACGGGCCGGUGUCGCCGAGCUCUUGGCGUGGCUCCCAGCCGCACUUAUGACUCGGGCAAAAGCAUCGCGACGAACUACACCACCAGCUGCAGUAUCACUUUAGGGGGCCGAAAGAUGGGAAAGGGUUCGGGUUCCUGUCAUCGUCGUCUUCAACCUUCUCGUCGCCGCACCGCCGCCUUCGCUCGGCCUCGCCGUCGCCGCCUGUUCAUCACGUCUACUUGCCCAGCGAGGACGACGGCGAGCGCAGCGAUCGUGGUCAAGGCUGUUGCGGGUCUUGCGUUUGACGAGGAAGAAGAAAACGACGACGAUCUGCGAACCAUCGCAAACGAAAACUAAAACAAAUUUUGCCGAAUUUUGCCAAAACAAGCCGUAUACGUAUGCCUACGAAUUUUAAUUUCAUCCGACGGAUCUGAAAACUGAACUCUUUUGGUACAUUUUGGGCUAACUUUUGGUGGUGUUGAUCCCAGCAACGCGUUUAUUGGGAAGUUUAUUUUUAAACGCAACUGACGAGGGAGACGAAAAACGUGUUGCUGUAGUCGCGGUGCUUGCAAAAGGAAAAAAAUGUGUGAGUGAAGACGAAGAAGAUACGGUGGGAAGGUCAAAAAACGUGGAAGGAUCCGUGGAAUAUCAUGUCGGAACGUGUAAAGCCGGAAUCGAUUUUUUGGUUUGCGUGAUGGAGAAAGAAAGUUUUCCGAAGCCCAAGUGUCAUGAGUUUCGCGCAUUCCGAUUUGUAAAGUUUUUGUGGUUGUUGUUUAUUGUGCUCGAAAACCGUUGUAUCUCGAGAGAAACGUUAACAUUCCGUUAGAAUCUUUUUCACGAGUAACUUUCCAAAAAGAAAAAGCAAAAUCUGAUCUGUCGGAGUCCAUAUUAUUUUUUCCGCAUUGACAUGCUAUUCAGGCUGUUCUUCUGAAUAUGUUGACGUUAUCCGUCCUCUGAAACGCUCCUUGCUGCGUAACCCGUGGUUGUGGCAACUCGAUACCAAAUUCGGAGAUUUAGGAUGUACCAAUGAUUUUACGUGCAGUACUCAUCGAAGAGACCGGAAGAAAACGGAGGAUAUUUUUAUGUGAAUAUUUUCGUUGGUCAUCGAUAUUAACGCGUGGAAAGAAAAAUAUUUUGUAAAUCAUCGCGAAAAGUCGUUGGCGAAAGACGGGAAGGUUGUAAAACCUUAUUGUGCAAACAAAAAAGGCAAAUCCUUGGCGCUUCGCAGAUUUUGUCGUGCGUCGUGUCUAGAAAGGAAAAUAAGUAAUCUUGAAGUUCCCCAGGAUUUAUUGGAAAAAAUAUAGGAAGGAAUAAUUUGAA